CAACAGUGAUUCUUUCCUUGCACACCGAGAAAGUCUGCGACACAUGAUGAGAAAUUUUUCUGAACCGUUUGGAAGAGACUUGCUCAGUAUCUCUGAUGGUAGAGGAAGAACCCAUAAUCGUACAAGACAUGAUGAUGGCGAGGAUUCCUUAGCUGCAACAAAUUUUUCUCUUGUGCCUUCCAGCAGUUUUGGUGGUAUGCGUACAGAUGUCAACCCUUUUCAGGCAAUGGACCAGAUGAUGUUAAAUGUGAGAAACAGUAUGCAGGAGUUACAAAGAAACUUCGGUAACCUUUCUGUGGAUCCAAAUGGACAUUCAUUUUGUUCUUCCUCAAUUAUGACUUAUUCCAAAGUAGGAGAUGCACCACCAAAGGUUUUCCAGGCCUCAACUCAAACCCGUAGGGCUCCAGGAGGAAUAAAGGAAACAAGAAGAGCAAUGAGAGAUUCUGACAGUGGACUAGAAAAAAUGGCCAUCGGUCAUCAUAUCCAUGACCGAGCUCAUGUCAUUAAAAAAUCAAAGAACAACAAGACUGGGGAUGAAGAGGUCAAUCAAGAGUUCAUCAACAUGAAUGAAAAUGAUGCUCAUGCUUUUGAUGAUGAAUGGCAACAGGAGGUUCUGAAGUACAAAUCAGGGGGACAAUCACGCAAUCUAGAAAACACUAGAAUGCGAAGUGUUGAACUUGAAAACUCAGGAUUACGAGAACUUAAACGAAGAGAGAAAUCUCAUCAAAGUCCAGCCAUUGACAGUGGAAGAAGAGCAAACAUUUUUGUGGACAAACUCAACGUCAAAGGGUCACCUGUGAAAAUCAACAAAAAAUAAAUGGCCAUGCAUUUCCUUGUUUAGUUUUUGAUUGUUUUAAGAGAGAAAGUAAUGGUGCUGUGUAAUACACAUAAGACCAAUCUCCUGUUGUUAAAUCAGUACUAUACUUUGCAAAUGUUCCUACUUUAGGAAUAAAACUUUAAUUUUCAACAAUGUGACUAAAUUGGUAAACAUUCUGUAAAACUAAGACAUACUAACUUUUAAAGCUCACACGCUAAUUUUGCUUACCAUAUUAUCUUUGUACUGGGUAUGUAUUGUAUACAUACCAUCAUUGACUGUAGAGCUAGUUCUAUGAUUUGUAAUUAGCCAUAAGAAAGUAUAGUUAAAAAUAAUCUUCAUUAACACUAGAGUGAUGUUAAUAAACAUUUAAAUAGCAAACUUUAUAAUGUUAUAUCACCAGAUAGCUUAAAACUUUAAAAAUAUUAUAAAACUAUAUUAGCACUGUUUUACAAGAAAUUAGUUUUUAUUUUGAUUAAAUUGUCCAAGUCAUAAGUGUGGCUGGUUAGUCAUUAGCUCAUUCCUUGCUUGGGAGGGGUUCUAAAGAACCCCUUCACUUGAGGGGGAUAGCCUGGUCAGGGUGAACAAGUCAUUGUUGCUUGUCAAAUGGUCUGUCCUGAGGUUCUGCUGUUCCUUUCCUUGGGGGUAGCAGCUUCUUCCCUCCUUAUAAAGAUGCUGCCCAUCAGUCCUGUCCUUCCUGAAUUCUACCAUGAACAGCUUAGAUCAAAGGACACAGAUACAAAAUGGAGGCAGGGAUACCAAACUUUUUUCCUGUUUUUAGUUAAUUUGUGUGCCCAAGUAAGGAGUCAGUGCUUUUCAGCAAAAGCAGCUUAAGUGCCUCUUUCAGUUCUAGUUAGGCCCUUAAAAAAGCACAGCUAUAGGAAGUGCUCAUAAAGAUGACAAAUUCAGAUAAUCUAAGGUAUUCACACAUUUUCAAAUAAGACACUUGGGCUUACUAACAAUAAUACUUGUUAUGCUAGAGGUGCGUAAUUAUUUUUUACAGAAAUCUUUGACCAUUAACAUUUGAAACUAAUAUGAAC